AUGGCUGACCAAGGAUUGGAGGGUAGCCAACCAGUGGAUCUGACCAAGCACCCCUCUGAGAUUUCAAGUUAUUUGUACUUCAAAAAUAUUGUGUCAACGGUUAAUUUGGACUGUAAGUUGGACCUUAAAACGAUUUCACUUCAAGCUCGUAAUGCAGAGUACAAUCCCAAACGUUUUGUUGCCGUGAUUAUGAGGAUCAGAGAACCAAAAACAACUGCUCUCAUUUUUGUAUCUGGCAAGAUGGUUUGUACUGGAGCGAAGAGUGAGCAACAGUCUAAAUUGGCUGCAAGAAAUUAUGCUCGAAUUAUCCAGAAGCUUGGUUUUCCAGCCAAAUUUAAGGAUUCAAGAUUUAAGAAUAUUCUUAGCUCUUGUGAUGUCAAGUUCCCCAUAAGGCUUGAGGGUCUUGCAUAUUCCCAUAGUGCUUUCUCAAGUAUUUUGUUUAAGGGCAGGAGUAAAGUGCCACUAAAGGAAUGAAGUUCCAUGAAACUGUAAAUAUUAAGACAAGAAAAAAAGAAACAUCUAGAUUGAUAUAAGUUAAGACCUAGCUGUUUUAGCUGUUGUUUCUGUGUUUUGAAUGUUCUAGUAAAGUGAAGCACAUUGUUGUUCUAAUCUAAUUGACAUUUCAAAACAAAACAUGAUUUUG